AUCAUGAUCAAGAUCAAGAUCAGACAAACAAAACACUUUCCUAGAGUCAAGUAGUAUCAGGCAGAACGGCACCAAUAGCAAACUUACUGCUACGGUUACGGUUACUGCUUACUGGUUACGGACAUCAGUUGACCUUCACACUGAACGUAUAUGUAAAACUAGCGGUACGGAUCUUAAGCAUUUGACUGUGUAAACUAAAGGUAUGUGAGACAAGCCAGGAAGACAGCCCCUAAGCAUCUGAGAAGUGGUAACCUGCUUUUAUCUAUUCAGUAUAAGAAGUGAUGGCUUCAGAUAUCAUCACAUCUCAGCGGCAUAUUCACUCCUUUAGUUGGAAUCAUCACAGGCAGACUUUUUUCAACACAAUCUUCAACCUCAGGAAGGAAGAGGUCUUCUGUGAUGUCACCCUUGUCUGUGAUGGUGUUCUGUUUCCUGUACACCGGUUGGUCCUUGCCAUGUGUAGUGAGUUCUUCAAUGAAAUCCUUACCAAGGUUCCCAACCAGCAGCCAAUGCUAGUGUUGGUGCCAACUGUGAGUGCAGAAGAUUUGGAGGCCUUACUCACUUACGUAUACCGAGGAGAAAUUCAAGUUUCCCAAACAAAUCUUCCUUCCAUCAUGAAAGCUGCGAAGAUACUAAAAAUUAAGGGAUUCUGCCACACAAAUGUCGAAAGAAUUCCAUGGGAGCAGUAUAUGAGGGACCCAGGAGAGGAGGAGGAGACAAAUAACAAGGAAAGUAGAGAAGAGAGUGACAGCCGUGAUAGUAUAUUCUCUGUGUUACCUGACUCCCCUGAAGAGAUAACACAGGAAUCCAGCCACCUUCCACAGUUGAAGACUAUUGUACCCAAAUAUCAUCAGGUGGAAGUGUUCAUUGACAAUACAGAAGAGUCUCAUGACAUGAUUUAUGAUGAAGAAAUAGAGGCAGAAAAAGAAGAAAUAAGAGAAGUGAGUGAUACCUGGAUGAAAAUGGAGGCAGAGAAGGGGGAGGAGGAAGAAGAGCUUGAUCCAUUGAGUGUGCCACUGGCCCCACACACGCUUGCCUUCACUUCUCCAGAUCAGGAUUCCACCACCUACAUUCCAGAUACCCCAUUGCCUGUGGAAGUCAGCUGGUCUGAGGAUUCAUACCAAGAGCAACUCUUCAAUACAUCAGCUUGUGCUGCCACAACAAGUGGUAGCACUAGCUGCACCAGCAGCACAGGCUGCCGCUACACAGCUGAACAGAAGCUGGAGAUAGUGAAGAACUAUUACCACUAUGGCCCAACUAAAACAGCAAGGAUAAUGAGUGAACUCCUUAGCAGAAAAAUUAAUGAAUCAUCAGUGCGAUCAAUUGUCAGGGCCUGGAUUAGGAAUCAGAAGGCAAAUCGUGAAACUAACAAAGAGACAGAGUAAACUUAGGUGGCAAGUGUAUUUUUAUUACAAGCUUAACUCCAAAGCACGCCAGCUGCACUUUUUUACUUUAAUGAGUCACCCUUAUGGCAUUACAUCACCAAGUUACUCAGCACUGGAUAAAGUAUCAUGUUUUCAAACAUUCUUUUAUAUAAGGUAUGUCAUUAAUUGAAUAACUGUAGACAACAUACAUAAGAGGAAGAGUGGGAUUGUGUGAAGUGAAGAGAGGCCAUCAUACACAAUCUGAUUGGUAGGUCAGGUUCCUAGUAUCAGUCUAAUCCAUUUUUGACAUUUACUUCACUUUGUUGAGUGUAAUAUUAUAAUCAUGUUUUUAUUGUUUGUGUAAAAGCAAAUGUUAUUGUAGAAAAGGUAACAUGGAAAAGCACUCACAUCUAUCCUUUAUUAGGUGGUAGGGUGGCCCAUUCUCACCUUUAUUUGGUACAGUGUCAGUAAUAUCUGGGGAGCUCUGGAAAUGGAUAUUGUGUUGUGAUUGUGCAGUGGAUUUUAGACAAUCUCAGGCCCCUUUUUACGUGGAGAUGCAGUAUGCUAGUUUUUAGCCAUCUGUCAUUGAGUAGAAUCUUAAAAAAAAAAAAAAAGGCAAAUUGCAGCAUAGGAGUGAGGAAUAUGCAACAUUUAAGCAGGGAUGUAUGUGAGGAUAGUCCCUAGCAGAAUGGAAUAGACUAGGAGAGUGAGAACCACAUGUGCAAGAAUGAAAUGUUUGAAUAAAUGUAAGUGGAGAAUUCUGUCAUAAUCAUCUAGAUUGGUGCUGACUAGACUAGAUUAAAUUUCUCUCUCUCUCUCUCUCUCUCUCUCUCUCUCUCUCUCUCUCUCUCUCUCUCUCUCUCUCUCUCUCUCUCUCUCUCUCUCUCUCUCUCUCUCUCUCUCUCUCUCUCUCUCUCUCUCUCUCUCUCUCUCUCUCUCUCUCUCUCUCUCAUCAGGUUUAUAGUUAUUGUUUUGUUACCAUUUUCUUCAUUAUUCAAAUUUAUUUUAAGUCAUUUUCUAUGAUUGUUCAAGUGCACAAGUAUGUAUGUUUGCAUGUCAUUGUAGUCUUAUUUAAAAUGUCCAUACUUUUAUCUUCAAUUUUUUAAUAUGGAGUGUUGCACUUUUUUUUUUUAUACAUGAUUAAGAUUCUUGAGUAAUGUGAUGUGACCUUUAUAACUUGAGUUUUUUUUUUGUAUUAAGUGGAGGUAUAGUGUAGCUUUAUUUAAUUAUUGUUUACUUGAUAUUAUAUAUGAGUAUUGUAUUUUUCUCUUAAUGUGAACUGUGGUUGAGAAAGCCAGGCUCCACAUAGUUAUGUCAGCUCCUAUAUAGAUCCCCAUACUAAAGUAUCCAUAAUCAUCAUGAUUUUUCUAGUUGAUGUUUGGUAAAGGUGAACUGUGGUGGAGAAAGCCAGGCCCUACAUAGUUAUGUCAGCUACUGUAUAGAUCCCCCAUGCAAAAGUAUCCAUAAUCAUCAUGCUUUUUCUAGUUGAUGUUUGGUAAAGGUAAAUAUCCAUCACUUUACUGGACAGUCUUUUAUAUUAUUAGUGACUCUUCAGGUGGCCUGACAUAACAGGAAAGUAUCCUGUUCUGUAUUAAUAUAAAAAUAUAUUGUUACAGUAUU